CCUCCCGCUCCGGCUCCUCAGCAGCCAGCGGCCAACGGCUCCGGCUGCGGCGCAGAGGCACUCGGCGCGGCGCGGCGAGCUCGACAUUCCCUGGGUCCCGCGGAGCCGCGUCCCGAUCGCCCGGGCUGCCACCCUCGAGCCCCGCUCCGCCGCCGCCGCCGCCCUCGGCUCGUCGGUCCGCUGCCUCCCGCGAGCCGGCGAGAUCCCGCCGGGGCCGUGCGUGCUCCCCGGCCGCGCGCCAUGGGCAGCCCCCGCUCGGCGCUGAGCUGCCUGCUGUUGCACUUGCUGGUUCUCUGCCUCCAAGCCCAGGUAACUGUUCAGUCCUCACCUAAUUUUACACAGCAUGUGAGGGAGCAGAGCCUGGUGACAGAUCAGCUCAGCCGCCGUCUCAUCCGGACCUACCAACUCUACAGCCGCACCAGCGGGAAGCACGUGCAGGUCCUGGCCAACAAGCGCAUCAACGCCAUGGCAGAAGACGGGGACCCCUUCGCAAAGCUCAUCGUGGAGACAGACACCUUCGGGAGCCGGGUUCGAGUACGAGGAGCUGAGACAGGCCUCUACAUCUGCAUGAACAAGAAGGGGAAAUUGAUUGCCAAGAGCAACGGCAAAGGCAAGGACUGCGUGUUCACGGAGAUCGUGCUGGAGAACAAUUACACGGCCCUGCAGAACGCCAAGUACGAGGGCUGGUACAUGGCCUUCACGCGCAAAGGCCGACCCCGCAAGGGCUCCAAGACCCGGCAGCACCAGCGCGAAGUCCACUUCAUGAAGCGACUGCCCCGCGGCCACCACACCACCGAGCAGAGCCUGCGCUUCGAGUUCCUCAACUACCCGCCCUUCACGCGCAGCCUGCGCGGCAGCCAGAGGACUUGGGCCCCUGAGCCCCGAUAGGCCCUGCCGGCCCCUCCCCGCCGCUCCCCGCCCAGGCUUCCUCUUUGCAGGAGGAGGUCUGCGCUACUGAAGGCUGGGGAGGAGCCGGGAGAGCCCCGGGCUCUAGUUGUGGAUAAUUGUUUGCUGUUGGGUUUUUUUCUGUUGUUGUUUUGUUUUUUUUUAAACAAAAGAGAGGCUCUAUUUUUGUAUUCCA